AUGGCAAAGUUCUCAGUGGCACUAGCGCUAUCAACAGCCUCAUCUUCAUCGCCACCCAAGUCCGACGUCGAAGCCAGUCAGGCUCCGCAACAUCCGGCUGCGGCUCCUUCUAGGCGUCACAUCCCGACCAGUACGGGCGGAGACAACUGUCCAUCCGGAACGACGCACUGGCGAGCUCUGUCACGUGGCGAUGCAAACGGCCCGAUCGUCAAUCCGAAGUGCAUCAGCCCGACGACCAGGACGCGAAGAUCUUUCCCCAGUGCAUACCUGGUGCUGGCGCUCGGUUGCGCCAACCUGACUGUCACAACGGGAGUUAUCGUCGACACGAUUCUCCUAUCCAAGCCUGACGGCCAGCAAGGGUCGGCCGCGGCGGACGUCCUUCUGCAGCGGCUGGGAAUCGACGUCAUCGUUGGCAACCUCCACGUGGGCGGGGAUUUACAGAACAACAUCAUCGUCACUGUGAGCUCCGAGGGGGGUGUUGUUGAUCCGCAGCUGCGCGUGCACGGCACCAGGAACCUGCUUUGGGGUGUGAUGCUAGUGUUAUUCCCUUAA